CCGCGGCCCGUCCCGCAGGCCGAGGGGCGGGCCGGGCCGGGUGUCCAUGGAAACGGAGCGCACGCGGAGCGCCGCCCUCCUUCCCUGCUUCCCUGCUUCCCGCCGGCCGCCGCCGCAAUCGCCACCAUGAUGCUGCUGGGCCGCGGGCUGGACGCCAGGGACAAUCAGACUAGACAAAUGCAAGAUGCUGUUUCAAAUGUGGAAAAACAUUUCGGUGAAUUGUGCCAAAUAUUUGCUGGAUAUGUACGUAAAACUGCCAGACUACGAGACAAAGCAGAUCUUCUGGUAAAUGAAAUAUAUGCAUAUGCAGCUACAGAGACACCAAACUUGAAAGUUGGACUGAAAAACUUUGCAGAUGAAUUCUCCAGACUUCAAGAUUAUCGCCAGGCAGAGGUUGACAGGCUGGAAGCCAAGGUUGUCGAACCUCUGAAAUGUUAUGGGACCAUAGUGAAACUUAAAAGGGAUGAUCUUAGAGCAACUUUAACAGCCAAGAACCGAGAAGCCAAGCAAUUAUCUCAGCUGGAAAAGACACGUCAGCGGAAUCCGUCAGAUCUGCACGUUAUCUCACAGGCUGAAAAUGAACUGCAUAGAGCGUCACUGGAUGCGACUCGAACAACUCGGCACUUAGAGGAAACCAUUGAUAAUUUUGAGAAACAGAAGAUAAGGGACAUCAAAAAUAUAUUUUCUGAAUUUAUAACUAUUGAAAUGUUGUUCCAUGGGAAAGCUUUAGAGAUAUAUACAGCUGCCUAUCAGAAUAUCCAAAAUAUUGAUGAAAAUGAAGAUUUGGAGGUUUUUCGGAGCUCACUUUAUCCUCCAGACUAUCAGUCUCGCUUAGACAUAGUUCGUGCAAAUUCCAAGUCCCCCUUGCAAAGAACUGGCUCCUCAAAAUCUUCACUGAGAACAGCACAGAUCUCCCGCAGAAUGCUAAGAAAAGAUGAAGAAGAGGACGAGGAGGAAGAUGAAGAUGAUGAAGAGGAUGAUGAGGAGGAUGAAUUUGAUGCUACUAAGGAAGCUUUCACCAGGUUCAGAUGACUUUUGAUUCCUUUACACAUAGAGAAUGAACAGUCACACAUAAGGACCUGGCCCAGUAUCUUAUUUUCAAUGCUGCUUUGCUUUUAAAUAAAAGUGCCUUCAUGAUCAAACUAGUGGAUAUUUUAUGUAGAUGAUGUUUAUUAUAUUAAUUGACAUGCUAUACAUAGUUCAAAUUUCACAUGUUUAGCUACAUUAUUCAGUUACUGAAUCAAACAUACAAGAAAUUACACAUUUUGAGUGUAACUUCUUAUCCUGUUUGGAGAUAGAGGUUACAUGUAUUCAUUUUUUAACAGUGCAUGUUUGUCUGCCAGAAAGUUACUACCACACUGUUCACCUCCAGCUUUAGUAUCUGCUAAAGAACAAAUGCAGAAGAAUUUAAACUUGUGACUGGGAAAACAAUUUUGAGUUAUAACAAAAUCUCCCUUUCAGUUACAGGAAAAAAAAGCAGGAAGUGCAUUUAUAAUAUUGAUACUACUUUUGUCCACUGAUGCAAAGUAUGCAAUGCAUACCUGUUUUGACAUGUGAAAAAACAGGUUUUGCCAAAAAUAAAUGAGAUGAAAAUAAAUUACAAGUUCACAGUAUAGGGUUAUUUUAAACCCAAAAAAUAAUUUUACACCAGCAUUACAUACCAUUGACAUUGAAUUACUCCUGGCAAGGAGUAAACACCAAUGAGCAAAACUUUUAAAACUGUCUACAUAUUAAUUCCCAUCUAUUUCAGCAACUAAGGCACUUCAAUAAAUAGUAAUAUCACAUCAGAAUUCUGGUGAUCACCACUUUACUAUUUCAUACACAACAAAGUAGUCCAUCUCCAAAACAGAUGGCUAACUUCGUAACAAUUCCAGGUUUUCCUAUAAUAUACACAGAUACAAACAGCAAAUAUUUGUGUACUAUGCCUUGAGAAAGCAAUUCUGAAAAAAAGGCAGUUUUGUUUAGAUUAAUUGCCCUCUAAAAGAUUAUGCAGUUCACAAGCAUAAAAUUCAUUCUCCCUGCAUCACAAAAGAAAGUCAACUCCAGGAAUCACAGAAAAACUUCCAGAAAAGUACAGUGCUGAGCAACUUUAUCCUGCAUGUGUGAUGUCUUAACUUUGCAUGAUGCACAGAAAUUGUGACCUCAAAACUACAGAUGAAAAGACCCUGACUAAAUACUUCACCAAAAGCACAAGCCAGAACAACCAUUUAGGAUGUUAGUAAAGAAUUAAAUAUUACAUAAAGAUGCUUUUUUAGAUUUUAUGCAAAGAAUUUUCUCAUGGUACGAGUGCAUACUUUAAGACUGACUUGCAGUUACUCCAUUCACUCAUUUGUAUUUUUUAUUACUGGCACCUAGAUGAUGCUGACUUGGAUCCAUUCUUGCCUAGACUGUGUUACCUCUCUGCUGAACACACUGGCACAUUCCUUAGGGAUUAAGGGUCUCAGACUGUUUUGUUAGACCUGCCCUAAAUGCCUCAAGCUGCUUUCGUAAGUGAUCACUAUUUCUAGUUUUUGACUUUUGAAACUGUUUUACACCAGAAAUUUUGGACAGUGGUAGCAAAAGCAAUUUCAGAGAAGACAUAAUGAAGGAAAUUUCCCAUGUUUUCUAUAAGCAUCACCAACUGCAGCAUUUGUUACUCCUUAUGAUAUGGAUGGUACUUAAAAAGGAAGCACAGGACUUCAAGCCAUGUAAUUAUAGGCAGUCUCUGACUUGUCCUUGGUACUGGAAAUACAGUGCCUCCAAACCACUAAACAUCUGAUGUUAUAACACCCAGUUAUCAGGCAAUGCUGCCAUCACACCAUGCACGUGUACCAUCUAUUGAGGCAGAAUCAGAAUAUCAUGCCCAGUCUGGAGAGGCAGGGGGAACAGAGGCUGACAGACACACACAGACCCAAAACACCAACUAGAUAACAGCUAUAAACGAAGCACCAGCUGUCCUGUGAACCUUAUUAUUUAACUGAUGUACUGGCAUCCCUUCCCAGUUUCCUAUGCUUUGGUGCAUCUGUACAUACUUGGAAAUGCAGACUGUGAAAAAGUAAUUUUCUUUUUUUUUGUCUAUCAAUCAGACACUUCAGAUUAACCUAAAGUAGUCAUAAACUCUAAUCUUGCUUUAAAUUAAAUACAAAUCAGCUGCAGGGCAAACAAAAGACCCAUUUUGUAAUGCCUUAAUUAUGACCUCUGCCAUUAUAAGCUUUAUAAUACUUUUUAUAUGUUCACUGGGGGGGGGGGGAAGUUUACCAUCUGAAAAACUAAUGGUAUCUUAUCUGCAAUCACUCCUAACCUUUUCUGAAAACAGAUAAUUUUCUUGUUCUAAAACAUAAUCUCACACUUUACUGGCAAAGCAACCUACUAGACUCUCUUACCUUUCCAACCUUCAAGUUUGAAAUCUACUGGGUAAUAACAAAAAGCACUUUAAAAUCAACAAAUCAUCUAAAACUGAUUAACUGGAGAAGUUAGUUGUAUUCACAUUUUCAACACAGCUUAGUAGGAAAGACACUAGCUUAUAAAAAUAGUCCCAAUGAAGUUUUCAACAUGAUGGUCAGGGAAGUUUAUUUUGAGAAUUCUCAUGUCUUUAUUUUUCCUGCAACAUCUUCUGGCUCCUUGAUCUCUUUUAAAGUAGCUGUUAAAUAAAGCACAAAAUUGUUGGGCUUUAAUUCCUUCUAAGUUCAGAGAAGGAUUCUGAAGCUAAUUCCUACCAGAAAACAAAAAUCAGUAUGUUUUCAGAUUUGAAAACCUGGCCAUUACAUUUCUUUGCUCAGAAGAAUCUGUAUAUAACAAACCUUGCAUUACAUUCAAAAAGCUUUUUUCUUGGUACUUAAAACACAGAAUAAUGUGCAGAAGAAUAAAGCUACACUAACCUUUUAAAUAUUACAGAACAAAAAAUUUCAUUCUUUUUGGUUUCUUGUACCAAACAGUUGGCAUGGAAGUUCUGCAACCACAAUGAUGACUUCACAUAAAGUAAUAAAGGUUUGACCACCAGUGAGGUGGGACCAUUCAGCAGAAGGGCUGCUGGGACAGCUCUGUCCUUAAAGCUGUAACAGAGGCAAUAGACAAGGCCUUGAGUAGCCCAUUUGAGCCAAAACUUGCUCAGAGGAGGGAACUGGAAUAGAGACUUCCCUACUCCAUGAAUUUAGGAAUUCUGGUUAUUGAACAAGCACAGAUUAGCACAGAUUAGAAGUUUUCACUGCCAGGGUGCAACUUUCUUGUCUCAGUUUGAGGGGACUGAGACUUAAUCCUUUAGUACUACAGAUACUGUAUUGCACAGUUGUAAUGUCAAUAAAAGUCCUUGCCCACACAGUAGAAGCUUCCUACUAAGCCUUAAUUUUGAAGACACAGCUUUUCCAAGCUUUUAUUUCUUCCUAAAAUUUAAACAUGCUGGUAACAAACCGAUGAAAACAACAAGUUAUAAAUGCUGACAUAAGCAUUUCUUUUAUUACGUAAGAAAAUAACAGUUGUCAGCUUGGUUGCCAGUGACAGAUGUUAGUUAAAACUAAUCACAGAUUGACCUGGAAUGCAUCCAGGCAACAUUAGCCAGUUAGUAUUCAUAUUACGCAGCAUGUGAAGAUAAAACAAAACCACUGAAGUCAGAAUUCUUGAUCUAAUUCCAACAUUGAUUUUCUGCCUCAAGGUACUACAGUGAGAAAAAAGCCUAAGUGAUGAACACAGCCCCUGCA